ACAUAUAUGUAAAAAGUCUCAUUUGCCUAUACAUUAUGAAAGAGUCUCUUUAAUGUUAUAAUUUAGGCCUGCAACAAAAACGUGCCCAUUCGUUUAUCACCAAUUGAGAGAAUUCUUAUGCCUGCUCGUUCUGUCAUAUUGAACGCUCGGUAGAUCACCACCGACUCACAUACUAUCCAUUGUGCUCAGUAAAACAGUUAUUUUACUAGUAAAAUUAAAGCCAUUUUCCAAAAGAUAUCCUAAUUUUUUUUGUUCAGUUUAAUACUCAUGGAGAAACACGAGGUUGUUCCCGAUGUCAUUGACGUCGUACCCGAGCAGGUCAUCGAGAUUGCCUGGUCUGAUGACGUCAUGACAAACAUGGGCAACGAGCUGACUCCUACACAGGUAGAUAGUAAUCGGUCAUCAUGGCUUUUAAACACUCACUGCCUAUUCUCCAGUUAGUGAUCAGUUUAAUCCAAACAUUGCAUGGGGUUGCGACAUUGGUUCCCUCCAGGAGCUUACAUCUGGAUACUUCUCUUCAGGGAUGUGAUGAGGACUUGGAACUAAAGAAAGCUUUCUGUGCCGACCAAGGGUUCAAUUCUGUGCCCCAACAUCUUCCACGGGACAUUGAUGGUUUGAACCUUGAUGGUAACAACAUCACAUCUCUCCUGAACUCCUCAUUUAGAAGAUAUCCUCUUGUCACCGAUCUUGACCUGGCCUACAACAAAAUAAGGGUGAUAGAACCCACAGCUUUACAUCCUCUCAAACAUUUAACCCACUUGCGCAUGGCAUUCAAUUCGCACAUUUUACUUUCAGGAUCAGGCCUCUUCAAACGGGCAAAAAAUCUGUCGCACUUAGAUUUGUUGGGAUCACACUUGAGAUCGAUCCCUAAUGACAUUCUAAAAUGGAGUCGAAAUUUGAAUACUGUGGACCUUAGUCACAAUUUUCUCACCGUCAUAAACAUAAGCUCAUGUGGCACAGCAAGGCAUGUCGACUUGUCUUAUAACAAGAUAGAAAGCAUCACAGAAGAUGCUUUUAACUUCGUGUGCAACUCUGAAACUCUGGAUCUAACUGAUAACCCCAUCAGAUCAGUAGAUCAAAACGUAAUUGCAUCGCUCCAUGUCAGAUCAUUGAAACUAGGUCGGAACGCUUUGACAAUCGAGGAACUGAGAGAUAUAUUCAUCGGUAUCUCCCGUUCAGUGAUAGAGAAUUUUACACUCAACAAUGGCGCUGAUUUGAGCGUCGUUCCUGAAGAUCUAUUUGAUCCACUCCGCGACUGUUCUCUUAGAAUACUCGAUCUCAACAUGAAUAAACUACAAGCCCCUUAUCCUUUCGUCUUCUCGAAUCUCACAAGGCUGCGGCAAUUUCAUCUUCAGGAGAACGGUAUAAUUAUAAUCGAGCCAAAUUUCUUUGAGGGCAUGCACAAUCUAAGAAUAUUAGACUUAAACGAUAAUCAUAUUAAAGAGAUAAACAAGUACAAUAUUCCAUGGACAAUAGACUUAACUGAGUUACACUUAUCCGGAAAUUCUUUGACUACAAUUGAAGAAUCUACAUUUCGGGGUUUGCAUAAUCUAACGCUUUUAGAUUUGCGGUCAAACAAAUUGCUCAUGAUGUUGGACGCGACAUCUUUUUUCGAACUUAAAAACAUUCAAAACAUUGAUUUGUCACAUUGCAGUAUCAUGUUAUCAUUGCAGUUGGUGGUUCCAAGCGUAACAUCACUUUUCCUUAAUAAUAUGGAAAAACUCACGUGGGUACUAGAACCAACGAAGUCCUUCAAAAAUGUCCGUCUCCUGGAACAUUUAGAGAUGAUAAACUCGGGGCUUUUGAUUAGUAACCUGUGGGACCCAUACGUGAAUGUCUCUCUUUUCGACGGAUUGUUCAAUCUUACAGCUUUGGAUCUGAGCAAAAAUCCUAUAGACAGCGUUUCAUGGAAUACAUUGGAUCUGCCUCCCGGGGUCCUGCAACAGCUUUCCGCUUUACAAAAUCUUUCUCUAGAAGACUGCAACCUUUCCAUACUUCAUCCACAAGCCUUCACGGGGUUGAAAUCACUUCGGGUUCUAAUACUAAAAAAUAACCAACUUGAGCACCUUCCUGUCGAUUUGUUUAAGCCAUUGGAUCAAGUAACAAUCAUUGAUCUCGUUGAUAACUUAUUGGCGGACCUUGAUGGAGCGAUCGUUUUGGAUAAUCGAAAGUUAAAAACUCUUCUGCUAUCAAACAACAAAUUAACACGUCUCGAGCAAAAUACUUUUAAGCCGCUCUAUUCUUCUCUGUUAUUCAUCGAUCUUUCAAUGAACCCUAUCAAUUGCAACUGUGAUCUAAGCUGGUUUCUUGAUUGGCUAAGCGGACCACUAAGCCUCAUUGACGACGACGACAAUACCAUCUGUUCAUCGGUUUCUUUAAAGCCUCUUCGCGAGCAUCUAAUUGAUUUUGAUCCUAGAGAGUUCUGUAGCAUCAACAUCGCCCUCGUCUGUUUGCCUAUCAUCGCCACCAUUUGUCUGAUUUUCAUCGUCGCACUCGUAUACCACAACCGAUGGCAGCUGAGGUAUAGACUGUUUCUCCUCAAACUGGCAGCUCUUGGCUACGAGGAGAUGCGAGACGCUAGGGAUCACAAUGAUUAUGAGUUUGACUUGAAUGUCAUAUUUUACGAUGAUGACGAAAAUUGGAUUCGCGAACAUCUCCGACCAGCUCUCGCAGAACGGCUUCCACAGUUUCAGAGGAAUGUCUUUGGAGAUGAGGAGCUAGUACUGGGAAUGCAUUACUUAGAGUCUGUUGACUACGUGGUGAGUCAUAGUUACAAAACCAUCGUAGUGCUCAGCAGAGCUGCUGUGCACGACCACUGGUUUAUACUCAAGUUCCGAACGGCCAUGGACCACGUGAGUGACACUCUGACUGAAUUCGUUGUCGUGGUUUUCCUCGAAGACAUCCCAGAUGAUGAAAUGCCAUUCUUGGCAAGGUUGUACCUCAGUGAUGGCAGACCCUAUAUUCAUUGGACUGAGGACGUGAGAGGACAUGAGUAUUUCUUCGAUAAAUUGACAAAAAAUCUUACCAUUAAUCUCCGGACCAAUGACUGGAUCCCCAACGAGUAAAUAGAAUGGGACACACUUGUUUAAUAAUUUAUGAUAAUAUAAGCCUGAAUGGAUAAAUAUGUUUUUUUUAUAAAUCAUAUAUAACCCAACAUCUUUGACGAAAUGAUCCCCUAAUAAGCAAUUGUAGAUUGAGCACAUGUCGGGGAACCGCGUAAUCGCAUAUCUGUCCAUAGAUGUAGCAGAGAAAAUAAUUGUUGUUGGCCGACCGCCUUCCUGUGGAAAUUGUUACACUCAGGCGCCUGCAUGAGUUUUUUUUCUUUUCUAUUUUUACAUGUUCAAUGAGAGGGAAAGGGAAAGAAAAGAAAAAGGAAAAAAGGAA